CGGCAGUCGAGGCAAGACUCGUUACGACAUGCUCCUACUGAUCAGUAAUUGUCAAUAUCCAAGACGCAUGUCGUUGAAAUAGUUCAAGAUCUCGCUUUAUUCCCGCGUUACACGAGAUGCUUAAUUACCCCACUGUUAUCGGGUGUGUAACCCCAUCCCCCACACUCAGUCCCCGAUCGUGUAACCUGAGUCCUGGUAUAUGUCGUGUAACUUGAAUCACCUGACACCACCUCAAACUUGACCAGUUUUCAAAUUCGCAAUCGCGCUCGCUCCUCAUUCCUACAUGUGAUACCGACUUGGCAGCAGUAGAACAUGGCGUACGCAGGACGUUUGGCGAUCAUUGCCGGAGGCUUAGGCGGCCUUGGCUCUUCCAUUGGAUUGAGGUUGCAAAAAGAAGGCGCGCGGCUAGCGUUGCUAUACGCGCCUUUCGAGGCAUCUCGUCGUGACGCUGUCCUGGAGAAGGUAUAUGGGAGCAGCAACCCAACAGGCGUAACAGCUGUCGAGUGUGACAUUGCCUCCGACCCCAGUGUCAGAGAAGCAUUCCCACGGAUCGAGAAAUACGCUAAGGGGAAUGACAUCUUCCCAUCCAUACUCAUCAACGCGGCCGGAUAUGUGUCCGUGAGCCCUCUGGCCGAGACGACAGCCGAGGAGGCGACCAAAAACAUUGUGCCCAACUUGUUGGGUCCCAUGUUCGUCAGCCAGGCGUUUCACAGACUGUACACAUCCUAUCCUUCCACGCAAGAGAAACCGCCGGGCCGCAUCGUCAGCAUCUCGUCGCAGGCUGCACACGUGGCUCUCGAUGGUCACGGGCCCUAUUGCGCGUCCAAGGCGGGUCUCAACGCCCUCACAAGAUGUAUGGCGCUUGAAUGGAGUCCUUUGGGCAUCACUUGCAAUACUGUCAGCCCUACCGUGGUGCUGACAGAGCUGGGCAAGAAAGCCUGGGCCGAUCCGGUCAAGAGAAAAGCCAUGGAGAGCCAGAUCCCCACGGGCAGGUUUGCUGUGCCGGAGGAGAUUGCGGGUGCUGUCGAGUUCCUAUGCCGUGAUGAAAGUGGCAUGAUCUCAGGAGAGGACUUGAGGGUAGAUGGCGGAUAUACACAGCGUUGAUCUGCGAGCCCAUAAGAAAGACGUCUAUGAAUUUACCCAAACAGAAAGUGCUAUGUCUUCGUGUAAACCACCGCUCAACAUUCGAGAUCAAUGCCCACCCCCAAACCUGUGAUAGUAGGUAUGCCAAUAACGCCACGCAAUGCCGAACAAAUCGCCCGCUGCCUACAUGGUAAUCAGAUCCUCUUGCGCCGGCCCUACGCCUCGUAAGAGCACAAUCGUGUUGCCGCUCUGCAGC